AUGACGUCCACCAUUCCUUUCCCUACCUCAGGCACACCCGGCACAUCGGGGAUCAUGUCUGAGCUGCAACCAGCCGACCUGAAACAUUCAGAGCUGUCUAUGGUAACAUGUAACCCCCUCACAUAUCAAGUCUGCGACUUUGUAUACGAUAAUUCUCCAUCCACGAGCUUUCUGGAUACGGCGGAGCUCUUCUAUGAAACUCGCGCAGGAUACCAUCAUGUUCUUAUUUACUGCAAUACUGACGCUACAAAAAGUUAUGAAAACCCCCUGAUCACUGCCACGUCUCGCACCCUCAUUGCAGAUAUUCACGCCCUCGUGCGCCAGUUUUCCAUAGUCGACAUUCCAAAGCCAUCCAAAAUAUUCAGCGCCCUGCUUCCCCGAGUCUUCAUCAAAGAAUCCGUCAACUCGGACCCUUGGUUUCGUGUUCUGCGUAUCUGGUCAGAAAUUGAAGAAUUUAACGAGAGCGAGAGCUUCGGUCCGUCUCCUAGUCUCUACCUCCAGAACAGCCUUCUCACCAUACUCACAGACGGCCACAAAAGAAGCAUCGUCGAGCACACGCUCAACAUCCUACUCUUCCCAGACUUGCAUAUGGGCUUCAAGAUACCCAAGUCGCUCUCCCUGCGCACGACCGGGUCUACGCCUGCAAGUGAAACUAUACACGAGCUCUCGCUAGUCACUCCCUCACUCCCAGUUCCCGGUACGCCUUUCGCGGUUCCAUCGCCAUUGCACCUCCAGCUUCACGUCAUCACGUGCCUAAGCUUCAAUGAACAGGGACGGAUAACGUAUCAUCGUGACGUGUGGGACAUGCGUGAUGUGAUAGGGCUCGUACCUGGCAUGCGCAUCGCGCAGUGGAUCUUAGGGCGGGCCGGUGCGUGGGGGCUAAGUUGGAUAGCCAAGAGACUGAGGUCCCAGCCACAUAGUACAUCGUUGAUCACGUCUGCUGAAACGAUAGUUUAG